GCUGGAGACGAGGGGCUUUACCAGGACCAGAUGCUGAGGAAUUACCAAGUCCUUGUUUCCUUGGGAUAUCAAGGUCCCACACCAGACUUAAUCUGCCGCAUCCAGUGAGGGGAGAUGGAGCUCUGGGUCUGGGAUGAGGAGGAAGCUGGAGAAAGAUCAUUGUCUGAGGACUUGUCUCCAGCAGAUGUUGAGACAUUUGGCAGAGCUGAGCAGCAGCAGCCUCCUGAGGAAGGGCCUGCCUACCUAAAGAUGUUUCAGUCCAGAAGCCAGCUCCUCAGCCAACAGGUACAGAGAAGAGUGGGGACGCAAAGGAGCCAGGGAGGAUUUGAAGGGCAGAGAGACCUGAAGAGCCACAAAGUUCCUGGAGGGAAGGGGCUGCAUAUAUGUGAAGAGCCUGAUGACAGCUUUGGAGACAAACAGAAACUUGGGGCUCACAGGGGAACCCACUGGGGAUGGUAUGGCCAACCCUGUGCUGAGCCCAAGGAGAGCUCCUACCAUACAUGCCUUCUCCUCGGGCACCAGAGAAUGCACUCAGGGGAGUACCCCCACCUCUGCCCAGAGUGCGGGAAGAGCUUUGUCUCCCUGAGCGAGCUCCGAGUGCAGCAGAAUGUGCACGUGGGGGAGCAGCUGUACCGCUGUACCGUGUGCAAGAAGAGCUUCACCAGGUGGGAUUACCUCCAAAGCCACAUGUGUGUGCACAUGCGGAAAAAGCUGUUUUCCUGCCUGCAGUGUGGGAAGAGCUUCACAGAUAGCUCUACACUCACACAGCACCAGCGCAUGCACACGGGGAAGAAGCUGUUCUCCUGCAGGAAGUGUGGGAAGAGCUUCACCAAGAACUCCACGCUUACCACGCAUCUGCGCAUGCACACGGGGGAGAAACCCUUCUCCUGCAGCCAGUGCAGGAAGAGCUUCACUGAGAGCUCCAACCUCACCAAUCACCUGCGCGUGCACACAGGGGAGAAACCCUUCUCCUGCAGCCAGUGUGGGAAGAGCUUCACCCAGAGUUCAACGCUCACGAACCACCUUCGUGUGCACACAGGGGAGAAGCCAUUUUCUUGCGCCCAGUGUGGGAAGAGCUUUACCAAGAGCUCCACAUUCAACAGCCAUCAGCGAAUGCACAUGGGGGAAAAACCAUUUUGCUGCAGUCAGUGCGGGAAGGGCUUCACACAGAGCUCCACGCUCAAACAGCACCUGCGACUGCACAUGGGCGAAAAGCCAUUCUCCUGUGCUCAGUGUUGGAAGAACUUCAAUCAAAGUUCAUCGCUCAUAAAGCACCGGCGCGUGCACACGAGGGAAAAGCCAUACCGCUGUGCCCAAUGCCUGAAGUUCUUCCGGCAGAGCUCUUCCCUAAGCAAGCACCAGCGAACCCACAAGAGCAGGACAGUCGCACAGAAUGGGAGACAGUUUCCCUCAUCCUCCCUGGGCAGUGGGAGUGAGGGUCCUGCACCUGGACUGUAA